AUUUAUUUUGAAGUGUCCUUCAGGCAGCUGUGCUGAGCAAGCAUCGACGCAAGAGGCAGUGAAUGGUGCUCUCAUCGCUAGUGUCACGUAUCUGGGGAGUUGUCAUAGUACAUGUUGGAAGCUUGUUCACACUUGCCUCGGCCAUUGUCCAGUUGGGUUGUUUCCGUAACAUAGGAAGGCAGUGGCUUCAACCAUCCACGCGGAAGUGUUUCUUCCAAUGUAGCUGGUGUCUGCAUUAUUGCAAAUUCUGCAGGACUGAUCUCAUAACAUCCUCCCAGUUCACCAGUGAAACUAGGCAGUGCCAGCUGCCACAAGCCAUUAUUUUUGUCUUUAAUUGUGAACUGGAAUUUUCUAGCUGAUUGGGGGGCGGGGUUGUUUGCUUGUUGGUUUCAGAAAAUGAGGAUCUUCAUAGCCUUUGAUGGAUCUUUUGAAGCAUUUGACAUAUCUGCAGAUGAAACUGUGGAGGCUGUCAAACUGAUGAUAAAGGAUUAUUUUCACAUUCCUCUCUCUGAAGACAAACAAGGCAGGCGUUACCUGGAGCUGAUGUAUGCUGGAGCUGCCCUGAAGGACAGCUGGAGCCUUGCUGAUGUUGGAAUCUCUUUCUCUUCCACUCUCAAAUGUUUUGUCAAGGAAGAAGAUAUGCCCACCCUCUGUGUGUUCAAUGCCGUGACCAAGGAGACCAUAUCGAUAACAGAGGCCAUUUCCCUCCUCGGCACAAAAGUGUCCCAUCUGAGAACCCUGGUAGCUGGGAGGUGCGGCUUCCCCGUGAGUGUCUUCUGUCUCCGGACCCCAGAGGGCGUGGAGAUGUAUGACUGCAACACCCUCGCGGAUUACCGGACCAGCUUCGGCUCAAUGCUACGUUUGGAUGUCUGGGAUGGAUGGAAGGAAUUCCUGAUGGGCUGUCUCCUGGGACAGACACUUAAAGUCCAACGCUACUUAUCAAAAGAAGGGCCAGUGCUCAAGUACCAGAGGCGGGUGGCCCUGUACAUCGCCGCUGUUUACGGGCACAUGGAGCUCACCGAGUGGGCCCUGAAGCAGGGCGCACGGCCCCACGAAGCAGUGGGCGCCCACCCCUACCGGGCCUGGUGCCAGGAGGGCCUGCACGCCGACGUCGCCAAGUGCCCAGUCCACGCGGCAGUAGAGGCGGGCCAGCUGCUGGUGCUGAAGGCCUUUGUGCGCUGCAGUGUGCUGGGCCUGGCCUGCAGGGACCCCGGGGGCCACACCCCCCUGGCCCUGGCCUGCAAACACCAGCAGAGGGACUGUGCACUCUACCUGCUGAGCAAGUUGUGGUCCACCGUCUCCUUCCUGAAGGUCUCCCUCCCCAUGAGGCUCUAUAUUAAAAUAAAACACUGGGUCCUCAGAGCUCAGAGCCGCAGCCUGCACAAGAGGCACUUCGGAGGUGCCAAGAUGGCCGGCGCCAGAGUUGGUGACACUGUGAUGGUGGAUGGUUUCACCAAACCAAAAAUGACCUCCAAGAGCUGGUGGAAGACAGGGAAGCAGACCUCGCCCUGCCACACAGGAGGGCAGCUGCCGCCUCUGGGGGAGCAAAAUGCCCACAGGAAAUCUGUGCGGCCUCUGGCAGCCUCACAGCUGCCCCCAAGAGAACAAGGCCUCAAGCUUCCUCCGCUGGCAGAGGCACAGGGCUUGUCUGGGUUACAGAGACGGCUUCCACCCAAGCGGGAAAAGAUGAGUGUGACCGCUGGGAAAAAGGCAUCGCCGCUCCUAAGGAACACCUAUCUCCCCCAAGUCCCGCUCCCCGCAGGGUCCAGAGUGGCCUAUUGGCACCCAAAGCUUUACUACGCGACCCCCAGAGCUGACUUUGAGCUCAGGUCGUCCUUCGCACCCUACUCUGAGCACAGUGGGAAGACACCGAGAGAGAACGCGGUCUACUGCUUGACUGUGGCCAGUGCCUUUAAAGAAAAACGCUGGCUUCAGCAGUUAGAAAUAGCGAGAGCUCUUGCCAAAAAGAGCAUUUCUAACUUGACCACCCAAGGAGGCCUGAUAGCAUCUGAAAAUCCCUUGAAAAUUGUGCUUUGAGAAGCCACAACAAUCCCAGUUUGGGGGGAAGACUUGGUUAACUAAGAGACUUAAGUUCUAGCACUAAUUGUUUGAUUAUUAUUUUUUUUUUUUACCAGAGAACUUCUUAGCUCUGGUUUAUCGUGGUGCUUGGGAUUGAACCUGGGACUUUGGAGCCACAGGCAUGAGAAUCUCUUUACAUAACCAUUCUGCUAUCUCCCCUGCCCCUAAUGUUGAUAUUUUAAAUAACAGUUCUAAUGCUGCAGGACUCUCACCAAGAUGUUUGAUGUGUAACCCCAGGUUUUCACAAACUCCAUCACCCUAUGGGGUAGGGAAACAGAGGAAAGAACAGAAGUGGGAAUGUCAACUUUUUCUUCCUUUUUCUGUUAUGCUUUUUAAAGUGCUUUUGUUCAAAUAUUGUUGACUGUAAACCCCAUAUUUGGGAGCUACUCUCUUCCCUGACCCAGCUAUCUGGUCCUUUUUCCAGCCAUGACAUCAUCACCCCAGACAAUAACUUGAAUCCACCUGCGUCUCAGAUUUCAGGCUCAGAAAAAAGAAAAAAAAAAUAGUAUAGGCACAGGCCCUUUUGAAUAUAACUAAAAUAUGCCUACUAGCUAUCUACAAAAUAGAGAAACCCCCCCCCCCCAACUCUUCAUCUGCACUAUUCCAGCCUUUAGGUUCAUGACUGGUCAACAAUUUGUUUAGCUUUAUAUAUUAACCCUCUUUUCAGCCACCAGGUUCCAGGUGCUAGCAUGAUGCCAACCAGACUUCCCUGGACAGACAACCCCACCAAUGUGUCCUGGAGCUCCGAUUCCCCAGAAUCCCUCCCACUAGGGAAUGAGAGGCAGAAUAGGAGUAUGGAUCGACCUGUCAAUGCCCAUGUUCAGCAAGGAAGCAAUUAAAGAAGCCAGACCUUCCACCUUCUACAUCCCACAAUGACCUUGGGUCCAUACUCCCAGAGGGUUAAAGAAUAGGAAAGCUAUCAGGGGAGGGGAUAGGAUACAGAGUUCUGAUGGUAGGA